AUGCCGUUCAUGGAUCAACCAGAGACCAACGGCAAUGGCCAUUUGAUGGAACCGAAGGAGCUCUGGCGUCCGUCAAUUCCUGAAUCUACGCAGGUCUAUCAAUUCAAGAACCGCAUAAUUCAGAGACACGGUCUCUCGCUGCAGAACUAUGAUGAUUUGCGCGAAUGGAGUAUCCGCAGCCCGGCCCUUUUCUGGGAGGAAAUAUGGCAUUACACCGGGGUCAAGGCGCACAAGACUUACGACACCGUAUUCGAUGAAAACGCGCCGUUGUUCCCUCGGCCGUCGUUCUUCCAGGGCUCGUUGCUCAACUUCGCAGAGAACUUGCUCUUCCCGGCUUGCAACCCCAACGAAGAUGAUAUUGCCAUCAUCUCUGCAACAGAAACUACCCGUGAAAGCAUCUCGUGGAAGGACCUCCGCGAGAGAGUACGUGUCUGUGCACUUGCUUUAGAGGCUGUCGGUGUCUUAGAGGGAGACCGCGUUGCCGGAUUUGUAGGCAAUCAUGCCAACACCCUGGUCGCCAUGCUGGCAGCCACCUCACUCGGCGCAUUGUGGAGUGGCGUGUCGACAGAUACUGGCGUCCAUGCUGUCUUAGAGAGGUUGAGACAGAUCGAGCCCAAAGUGCUCUUUGUGGAUAAUGGAGCUGCCUACAACGGCAAAGUACACCCGACUCAGUCAAAGGUUACAGAGGUGACAACCAAUUUGGAGUGUUUGGACAUGGUUGUUGUCAUCGACGCCGUCAAGGACUAUCCGUUUGAGAUCCCGGCUGCCAGUCCUCCCAAGGGAAAGAGUGUGGCUUUGCAGGACUUCCUCUCCUCUGCAGAAGCUAUAUCAAAGCCAUUGACUUUCAAGUACCUUCCCCCCGACCACCCUGUCUAUAUUCUCUACUCCUCUGGCACGACCGGUGCACCAAAACCUAUUGUUCAUGGAGCAAUUGGGACCUUGAUACAACAUAAGAAAGAACAUGUCCUUCACUGCGACAUGCGGCCCGGUGACCGCCUGUUCUAUUUCACAACCACCACAUGGAUGAUGUGGCAUUGGCUUGUUUCUGGCCUCGCUAGCGGCACUAGUAUAGUUCUUUACGAUGGAUCUCCCUUCCGCCCACUUGACCCCGAAAACGGCAAAGGUGACAUGGCCAUGCCUCGUCUGAUCGAUGAACUCCAGAUCACCCAUUUUGGAACUUCUGCGAAGUACCUCUCUGUUCUAGAACAAAACUCCCUUAACCCCAGAGAGCAUCCCUUCCGGCCUGUAACACUUAAGAGCUUGCGAGCUAUUUUCAGCACUGGAUCUUCCCUCGCUCCGUCCACAUUUGACUUCGUUUAUUCUUCAAUCCACCCGGACAUAAUGCUUGGCUCCAUAACUGGAGGAACAGACAUUAUCUCCCUCUUUGGUGCCUGCUGCCCCAUCCUCCCCGUCACACGGGGUGAAAUCCAGUGCCGUGGCCUUGGAAUGGCAGUCUCUGUCUUCGACUACGCCGGAAACGACAUUGGUGUAUCUGGUGAGGCCGGAGAUCUCGUUUGUCUUAAACCCUUCCCAUCUCAGCCAGUCAUGUUCUGGCCUCCGGGUCCAGUUGGCGCUGAGAAGUACCGAGCAAGCUAUUUUGACACCUUUGGCCCUAAAAUAUGGCAUCAUGGUGACUUUGUCCGUAUAAACCCCAAGACUGGUGGAUUGGCGAUGCUGGGGCGGAGCGACGGGGUGUUAAAGCCUGCUGGUGUCCGUUUCGGAAGCGCAGAGAUCUACAAUGUCAUACUCAAGCAUUUCGCAGAUGAGAUUGAAGACUCCCUCUGCAUCGGUCGGAGACGCGAAGGUAUCGAAACAGAUGAAACCGUCGUAUUAUUCGUGAAAUUAAUGGGUACAACGCCGGCGGCCUCCGGCACCUCAACGCCUGUUAUUGUUGAAGAGCCAAAAGCCAUUUCACAGGAUCUUAUUACGCGCAUACAAGCCGCGAUCCGCAAGGAGCUGAGUGCCAGACAUGUUCCAGCCAUAGUCGACUCAUGCCCUGAGAUCCCGGUCACAUCUAACGGCAAGAAAGUUGAGAAUGCAGUCAAGCAGAUUCUCUGUGGGUUGAACAUCAAGACUGGUGCCAGUGUUGCCAAUGCCGCUUGCCUGGACUGGUACCGCAAAUGGUCUAAUGAACAUUAG